AUGAACUCAACCGAUUCAAGAUCAAUCCAUCCUAUCAACUUAUCAAUCUCAAAACCAUCUCAAGAACCAAAACCAAUCAAGCUCAAUCAUCAUCAUCACAAUCAAUCUAUCAAACCUAAAUUAGAAGAAGAUGAUCAGAAUUGUAAUUUAGAUUCCAUUGAUUCUACAAAUUCAAAAUCAACAAAUCGAUUUUACAAACGAUUCAAAUUAAGUACAGUUCAAUAUGCUUUCUUAGCUGUUCUUAUUCUUCAAUCAAUUUCAAUCAUUGCUAUCCUCUCUUCAACAGUUUCAAAAAUCAAAAAAGAAAUUCAAUUAGGUACUCCUCAAUUGACUAGCGUAUCGACUUAUCUAGUCAUCUUUAUCAUCGCCAAUGUCUUCUCAAUCGUCAUGACGUUUGAUUCACUUUUCAACAAGAACGUCGUACAAUUGAUCAGCCUUUGUCUUUUUAACUUUCUGAUGGCUGCUUAUGGUGCUGUCCUACCACGUCAAAUCAAACGUGCACUCCAGAAUCCUGGUGGACCUGUUUCUUGGAAUGGUGCACAUGAAGGAACAUCAUGUAACAUGUAUGUGAGCUGUUAUGGAGUUCAGUACUUGUAUGGUGAUAUUCAAGGAUGGAUCAUCACUAUUCCAGUCAUCACUGGAUUUUGUUCUUGUUUAUUAGCUUAUCUAACAUGGUUAAUUUACAAAGAAUUCGGUUGGGAUAUCUUUAAACAAAUCGGAGCUGAUUUAAGAUUAAAACGAAUCAUUCAACAAAAAUAUGUAUUCUAUAUGUUACAGAAAUUUAAUUUGUUUUUCUUUAUUGGAUUUAGUGUUCAAUUCUUAGUGUUAUCUGGUUCGAUGUCUAAACUUGAAAAAGCUUUUACGAUUUGUGCAUUGCCUUUUGGUUUAGCGGUGAUUAUAUUGGCUGGUAUAGCAGUCAGUCAUGAGAUCAAAUGGAUGAUUGCAGUAUAUGCAGUAGUAUGGGUAGCAGCAAUGUCAUCCUUUGUUUUUAAACUUGUUAGAAUCUUUCAAGAACCAGUCUAUGCAAGUGCAGUUAGAAGUUUGACACUCUUUUCGGUACUUAGUAUUCUUUCACUUUUUGCUACUGGGAUCAUGGUAGGACUUUGUUAUCAAAACUUUGGAAGAGGAAUCAAACGUACAACAAUGGGAUCUCCUUGGUUAGUUUUGAUGAAAAAAUCAUCUUCUUCACCUACCUCUCCAACUGGUCCGACUCGAAUGUCACUUGAUUGA